AGCCAUAUAUUCAUAAGGAAGUUCGGGUGCCUUUCGUUACUGAACACGACGUCGGGGCGAUGACCUUGCAGAGCGCCAUUGGGAGCCUUUGCCUGCUGUGGCUGCCAGCGGCGGCCCUCGUCGUGAAAGAUGGUGAGGACAAGUCGGCCGCCGUCCCGAGGAUUGACACGUACGUGAUCAACAUGGACAAGAGGCCAGACCGCUGCCGGUGCAUGCAGAGCCAACUCCUCGGCGCACCGCAGCCUGUCUACCGCCAGCGCGCCGUCGGGGCCGACUCCUGCCCUCUCGUCACGAAGAUGCACGGCCUGGAGAAGCUCCACGGGAAGAAGAAACGCUAUGCUGAGCAGUCCCUCUUCUGCAACAACUACCAGAUCUGGGAGAAGGCCAGCAAAUCCGACGCCGACUUUGUCGUCAUUCUUGAGGACGACGCGCUGCUGCUACCAGGCUUUUGGCCCAAGCUCUAUGAGUUCGUGCAGGGCUGUGAAUCUUUCGACUACGCCAUCGCCAACCCGGUCACUUUCAAUCCCAAGACGAAGAAGUACAGCAGCGACUUCUGGAACAAGAACGGCGAGCCGGCCAAGGGCUGCUCUGCCAGCGCGUACCAGCCGAUCAAGAAGGGCCUCGCGCACUGGCACACGACCACCAUGACGGUCAUCCGCAAGACCUUCCUGCCCACGCUCAUCGAGAAGGCCCACGCCGAGGGCUGGGGAGCUACAGACGACUGGUGGCAGGUCGUGCUCACGCCGGAGUUUAACGCCUACGGCUGGGACGCCAACGUCACGGUGCAGGCCUCCGUCGGCGAGAAGAGCAAGAUCAGUUCGGCCCUGUCUGGUGCAGGCUGUGGCGCCGACGUGGGCAGCUCCGACAUCGGUGUGGGCCUGGUGUCGGCCUUCAAGCGUUCGGGGCCCCAGCCGGCGCGCCUAGAGUGCCCCGCGUGACGCGCGCGCGCGCGCUUGUGGGACCUUCGUCGCCUCAUCUGGAGCCUCCUGCUUCCCCACGUCGCGCUCUUGCUCCCUCCCCCCGCCCCGCGGCCGCCCUCUCCCUCGUGUUCUCCAUGUCUUGCCGCCAGACAAUCUGCGCCUGCCGUCUCCCGGCCCGCCUGAGCGCGCGUGCGGACUGCCUCUGCCUCGCUGCGGCC